GCAACGACGGUCGGUUCGCGAUAAAACUACUUAGAAAUUGUUAUAUACAUCUUAAUUCUUAUACAUAGAGUUUUCUGUAACUUGCACAUUUAUUAAUGUCAAUCGACAAGUACUAAGUUAACAUAGGUUAACUAUAUUAGCCUAUGACCAGUUCAUAUUUGAUAAAUUUAUAUGAAGAAACUUCCUCGAAAGUUUUGUAAACAUCUGUUGCAACUUUAAAUUGUUUUUGUUUUUUUAAAGAUAACAGUGCCAGUGUAUUAGUUCUGAGUCUUCAAAAUUUCGGGUUAUUAGUGUGUAUUAUAAAUGUAUCAAACUGUGAUAUGAAUAUUAUCGAGCGAGGGAUUGUCUUCAAAUUAAAUCUUCGAUAUUUACACAACAAUGUUUUCUCAAAAUUAAAAUGAUAUCGCAGCCAAAAAAUAGAGUUCAAGCUAUAAAAAGUAAAUUCGAAAACCUACAAUCAGAAACCGAACCGUUCGUGAGAAAACCAGUUGUACAGUUGAACAAACAACAUUUACAAGAAACAUUCAUUACAGACAGUUCGAACAAAGAAAAUAACAAAACUGAACUCCAAACAGAUGCUUUAGUAACCAAAACAUGCCUUUUACAAGAAGAUUGGACACCAGAACCUAACACCAGCUACUUGUACAGUAAACAUGACAUAAAAAGUAUAUGUGACACCAAGAAGUCUUUAUCACGACAAACAAGUGAUCCAGGUAAAAAGUUACAUAGAAGUCAUGCAUUUCGUUGUGACCGAAGCCAGAUACAAGGCCCAAAAAGACAUGGGAGUUGCAAUGGUAGAUCUGAAUCAAGUGAUUUUUCUCUAAAACGUGGGGAAAGAAAACUGUCAAAAGACAGAUUGAAACAGCUUGGAGAUUUUAUAGAAAACAAAAUGAGCAAAGACAACUUGUUAGCAACUCCGGUUGUUGUCGGAGAGGUUCUAGAAGCUAAACAGGAUUCAGUUCCAGAUUCAGAUGUUCCUCAGCACAUAUUAGAUCAGUAUGCCAAAGUCAAUAAAACAAAAAAGACAGAUAAGCAAGAUUCAAUGACUGAUAGUGGUGUGAGUUCAGAGACAGAAAAUACUGAGGAGGAGAAGAAUAAAACAAAAAACCUUAUCUCACAGUAUGAGAAACCUGAAAUUGAAGUUAAGUAUUCCAACUUGCCUUUUAUGGAUGAUCUCUGCGGAUCUAGUGAAACAAUGAAACUUGAAAAGAAGAAUCCUCAUUUAGUUUUAACAGAUACAUUAAAAAAAGCUUUGAAACAACCGCUACCUCCUGGUCCACCCCCUAAGAAACCUCCACGAACAUUUGCACCUGCAAUACCAGAAGUAAUAGAAAAACCAAAAAAAGAUACAAAGAAAAUGCUUGAAAAAUUAGAACAAGUUCUACAGAAGCGGGAAGCUCAAAAUCAGCCUGAUAAAAAUAUAUAUGACAUCGCUGAAACUAAUCUCAGUACAGAUAAGAAGGAGGUUCAUUAUCUUUGUACGGAAAUAUUAGAUAUAACACAACGGACUUUAUCAAAUCAACCUAAAGAUCAAUUUUCAAAGUGCCUUAACUCCUUAAACUGUGCCAUUAUGACUACUAAUUCAACAUUAAGUUUGCCAUAUACAAGACUGAGUGAAAACCCAAAGUGCUGCAGUAAUGAAAACUUGUUAAGUACUUUCCAGAGUAAUCCAAACUUGGAGAUGAGUGUUAAAUGUGUAAAGUGUAGGUCAAACGAUGAGGAGAGUGGUUUUAAGUGUCAUCUAGAUUGUGUCUGUAAAAGUUUAAAUUCAGUGUUCUAUGUGAAAGAACACAUUUAUGAUGUGCCAAUUGUUGAAUCAAAAAGUGAUUAUGGAGUGCUGAACUUGAAAGGAUGUACAAGUCGCAGUAUGGAAAAUAUAAAGAAUGAAAUUGUGGAAGAGAAGAUAUACGACGAACCCUGCGAAGAGUCUCGAACAGCAUCGCCCGAAGAAAAGUCGGAAUUUCAAAGGCUCCGCGCGAACUUCGAGCUGGUCCCGGAGAAGCCGGCGCUCUCGAAGAAGCCGCUGGUGAAGGUCUGGAAGAGUACGGAGAACGUUUCACUGGAGUUCCAGUCUGCGAAGCAGAGUGUUGCGAAGAAGUUUGCGACCGAAAGGAAACGAUCGAAGAAGAUGGACAGGGUGGGACUCAGUUUGCCGAAAACUGGGCAAGUCCAGUUGGAUGUUGACAGAGAGAAUCUGAAUCGUCUCAUGACGGAGAUCUACGAAACUGUCACAGCAGCCUGCAACAUGGACGAGAACAAACCCGGCAGCUUCCCCACUGAUCUGUCAGAUACAACUAGCGAAGAAUCUGUGAAGCUAACACGAAGCCUAACCGAGAAAAGAAAGAACUAUGUACGCCGCGUCUCCUCAAGAGUUGCAUACCUGGAGCCGAAGAACUCCCGCUCGCUUCGAUACAGGCACCAGACAUCAAUCUGCUCCUACAGAUCCGAGGUCGUAGACAACCCCUACUGCACGUUUAGGUCCUGGAAAAGCUUUAGAACAUCGCAGAGCAAUCUGGCCAAGAAAAUGGAUGACGCUGUUGACGCGAAUCUGUCUGUGGAUAGCGAAGACGUUGGAGAUAAUGUGAGUGUCCAUGAAAAGGCGGGAUGUGUCGACAUUGAGCUGCCGUUCGUGCCGCGGGAGAGAGGCCUGUUCAAUGUGUGCCUGCUGGUGGGCUUGAACUACAUGAGCGGGCAGGCCUAUGUGAAGAGUGUGUUCCCGAGUCAGGUUCAAGUUCCGCCGCACAUCGAGAACCUCAUAUUUCCGGAGACGCUGAGCCCUGGCUCCCUGGGGGAAUGGACGGCGGAGAAGACGGCGCAGUGUUACUCUCUGGUGCUGACCGAUGAGAGAGGUGAACGUUCUUAUGGUUAUUGUCGCCGCGUGCUGCCAGAGGGCGCCACUACAUGCCUACCGCUGUGUUACUGUUUAAUAGGAAAAUAUAGAUCGCCUGGGUUCUAUUACAAAAUACUUCAAGAAAUAGAGUCACACCAUGGCAACCCCGAGAUCGAAAUAAAUCAAAUACUGCAACAGCUGUUCGAAACGGAUUUCCCGAAUUCCGGGGAACAGAUUACAAUUACGUACAAUCGAACGGAGAAACGGGAGAAAAUUCGAAAUUCGCCGAACAGUGAGGUCUCUCGAUCGAGGACCAUGCCGCGAAGCGAUUGUUCGAUAAAUAUUCGCGUUAGGCGAGAGUUGGAAACGGAGAGUGAAGUGGAGAGGGAGAAAUCUGAAGAGAGGGAGAUUCAAGUGAAGAGAGAGAGUUUGGAGAAGCACGUGCUGCCGGAUUUCUACGAUCUGGAGAACAACAAUGCGCCGAAGAGGGUUAUGAUCAGCCUUGGCAAUACGAAAACGAGUAUAAUAAAGAGGCCCAUUGAACCGCGCGCAGAUGAGGACAAUAUGUCGAUACUGCUGGACUCUUUUGGCGCUGGCUUGGUCGUCAAAGUGUUCGGAUCUCUGUUGCUGGAGAGAAAGGUCAUCAUUAUGAGUGAUCAGUUGGGCCUGGUGUCCUCAUGCAUGGAGGCACUCCAGAGCGCGCUCUACCCGUUCGUGUGGCAGCAGCCCCUGAUCUCCACGAUACCUUCGGAGAUACAGCGAGACGUGCUGGAGGCGCCCCUGCCGAUCCUGGCCGGCAUGAUCACAGACACUGACUACACCACUGUCAACUUUGAAGAGGGUAUGCUGAUAGAUCUGAGGAAUCCAAGCAAAGUCAUAUUCUAUCAAGGGGACGAAUCAACGAUAUUGCCGACGAACAGCUACAAAACGCUAAAGACGUCACUCCAGAUGGAGACGAACAAACAGAAGGACGGGCAGGACACGAAGACUAGGAACGUGAUGAUCUCCGAGGCCUUCCUGAGGUUCUUUGUGGACAUCCUGGGGGAUUUCUGGAGGUUCUUCGAGGAGCGGGAGAUGAAGGACGGUGAUUUGGGGAGGAAUGGUGUUGUUUUUGAUAAAGACGCCUUCGUACGAAGCACGUCGUCCAAACAGAACCAAUAUUUCCUCGAAUGGUUCACCGAGACGGCAAUGUUCACACAUUUCAUACAAAAUAUGGCCGUCGCCAAAAAUGAGAGCGACCUUGUCGACACACCCUUGCCCAGUUAUUACGAGCUGUUCAAACAACGUGUCCAAAGUAGAACAAAAAUGAACUCUAAGAGUGGCGAUAAAAACUAUAAAAGUGCUGUUAAUAAGAAAGUUAGAAUGUUAAAGAAUAAAUUGCGGGACUUGGUCGCAUAACAACUAAGUUGAUCUAACAGUAAAAAUGUUUUGAAAGUGAUGUUAAGUGUUGGCAAUAAUUGUAAUUACAUCUGAUUUUAUAAUAUUAGGUUGUCCCAAUUGAUCUGAUAGGAAAAGUGCAUAAUUGAUGUCUUAAUGUUAAUAAUGUAGUUGUAAAGUCCACAUAGAUGUAUGUUGAUUUGCUUUAUCGUUGGAUUAAUUUGCUAAGUAAGAUAUUGUUAAUCUCAGUGAAGUUUUUGUCGCCAAUUAUGGCUUAGCUUAAAACCAGUGAAACAUAAUUGACAGGGCAUAUUUCACCAUUUACAGUUAGUAUCAAGUUAAUCACUGGAUUAUGUAACUAACAUAUUGGCCGUGAUGAUCAAAUGCCCAGUCAAACGAGAUAUUAAACGAGAGAGACUGUAAUAUUGAAUUAGUUAACUUUGUUUUUAACUAAAUUUUUUUUUUUUAUAAAUAUGGCAUCGAUUAAAACAAAAACAAAGUUUAAUGAGAAAGCAGUGAAACAUACUUAAAAGGGCAUAUUUCACCAUAAACACCUAGUAUCUAGUUAAUCACUGGAUUAUGUAACUAAGGUAUUGGCCUUGAUGAUCAAAUUCCCAGGCGAACGAGAUUCUAAAAGAGAGAGACUGUAAUCUUGAAUUAGUUACCUGCGUUUUUAACUAAAUGAUUACUUUUUUAUAAUUAUGGCCCAGAUUAAAACAAAAACCAAAGUAUGAUGAGAAACCAGUGAAACAUUUAAAGGGCAUAUUUCACCAUAAACAUUUGGUAUCUAGUUAAUCAAUGGAUUAUGUAACUUGAUGAUCAAAUUACAGUUGAAAUAGUUAUUCUAAAAGUGAAAGACAGUACUAAUCUUGAAUUAAUUAACUUCGUUUUUAAAAUUUAGUAGUUGUAGUAGUUAAUUUACUACUACUUUUGUAAUUUGUGAACAGGCCAUAAAUUCACAUAAGCCUAAUUUUGUAACUAUAUAAUAUUAUAUUAUCACCUACCUAUUUGUUGUAUUAUGUAUAUAAUUAAACUGUGACACAUAGUUCGUGAAAGACGGGUCCAAAUAGUUAUAAUAAAUACUGUGCUAUUUUACGGCGUCGAAAUCCUUCCAUGGAAAUGUCACAUACAAAUUUUGACUGGCCAUACAUGUUCCUGUUGUUCAUACUUUCUGUCUGGCUUACACAGAUACGGUAACAUGGUAGCGUUCUUCCAAUAGAAUAAUUUACUGCUUUCAAAUUUUGCAUUUUUUAUUUUUAUGCGUUUACUAAUUCAGUUUCACUUUAACUUCGGCAAUCGAAAACUAUUGUUAGUAUUUUUAUAUAAGUAACAUUGAUCAGACUGUUUUAAAGUUAACUAACUAACGGUUUAACUAUAUACAGUAAAAAAUUAAACACAAAAUAUUUUUCAAUUGCCUUCUUGUCUUGAGUGCUUUUUCUGUUGUUUAUUUUUUACUUUUAUUGUAAUUUUACAUGGUAAAACCGUUAGUAUUAAACAAUGUGAGGAACUGUGUAACCGCAUAUUUUAAAUAUUAAUUGUUAUAUAAUUUGAAUAAGAUUAAACCUUAAAUUAAGAGUAUUGGUGUAAGCGGUUGUACUAUUUUUCGCAACAAAUUUUUAUUGUAUAUUUAAAUUAUCGUUUUAAAUAUUGUUGUUCCUUUCAAAAGUAUUUAUAAAAGUUGUACAUUCCUUUAAAUUUGUGUCUAUACUACUAUAAUAAUUGGUAGAAGAUUAUUCUUACGCUUUUUUGUUAUACGGUACAGUUUUGUUUGAAUAAGACUUUUAUGGAAUUCAAAUUAUGAGGUCGCUUAUUUUAUAUUUUUUCACGGGAGGUAUCGUAGAACCGGCCUUUACAUAAUGUAGGUACCGUAUAAUGAUCAUAUCAUACUUUUUUUGCUAUAAUUAUCAUAAAAUGAUACUGUGCCCUGUAAUAUUACAUUUAACAAAUAUUGAAUAUUUCUUACACUAUAUUAUAAAUAGUUUACUUACAUAAAAUACAUGUUGCGAACACCUGGCUAAAUCAACCAGUUGCAGCAUGCAUGCAUUCUUUUAUAGUAUCAAGUCACUUUUUAAAAUUAAAAUUCUGUAGACACGAUAUAUUAGUUCAUUUUUUUCCACUCUAGCGCUAGUAGUCGUCUAAACAAAAUGGCGUCAGCAUUUCAAACAGGUUUUCUCUUCUUUUUGUGAUUUUAUUUAAACUUUAUUAAGAUACUAAACGUAUUUUAAUCAUAUAUUAAAAGUCAUCAACAUUGUCAGUAAAUAAACAGUGAUACGACCAUAAUAAAUUUAUAUUACAUGAAACAAAUCGGUUUGCUGUUUUUCGGCCUCUCAGUUGAAUUCCAGCAUUAACCACACGACAUAUUCCUUGGGUUUUUAUCACCAUUCAAUUUAUCAUAGGGUCAGAGUCAGAUCACUUAUACGUCUGUGAAAGUAGUGAAAACUUCGAAAAAAAUUUAAAAUAAUACAAUUUAUUUUAUUGCUAGCUAAGGUACCUUGGGAUACUGCUACAUGUUCUAUUAACAUUUUUUUUAUGGAAAAGGAGGAUACCGGAGGAGCGUACGGGUCACCUGGUAUUAAUCACCGCCGCCCACAUUCUCCUACAACACUAGAGGAAUCACAGGAGCGUUGCCGGCCUUUUAGAGGCGCUUUUUGUCAAUUCUUUUUUGCCAAUGACAAUCGGUUACAGUUAGAAUAGAUUCGCUUUCCUUUUCUUUCUUCCAAUAUCUCCGUUAGAGAUGUUCUCUCUAGCACACUUUGAUAAAAAACAUCUGUAACGGAGAUAAUAAGAAAAAAAAAGCGAAGUUAUUGUUACUGUAACCGAUUCUGAUUGACAAGUCGUAAACAGUCAGCCACGAUUGACAUUAACAUUUUUGUAAAGCAAUCCUAAAAGAAGUUUUUUUUAUAUCAAGCAUCUGCUGUUUCAUAUAUUUUUGUCAAGUAUCUAUUGAACUUGCAUUCAAUGCAGUCAGCUUGACUUCAGACUUGGUGAAUGAAAGUUGUUCAUGUUUGUGAAAAUUUAAACGGCGAUAGUAAAUGUGUAUUUUGUGCAAAUAAAACUGUUUAAAAUAGAUUUUAAAUAUUCGGUGCUAUUUUUAAUGUUUUGAUUCACUCUCAACUGCCACCCAGUCACGCUUACAAUCUAUUAUUAUUGGCACUGUCAGUCUUUCAUGACUGUCGGAUAGGCCAUGUUUAUUUUGGUCAUGCAGAGAUUUUGAAAUUUUAAUGAAAUUUUGUUUCUAAAAUUUAAAAAACCUUAAAAACAUAACAACUUGUUUAGAUUUACAAGAGCGACAUCUCAAUUCAAUAUCCUAAUAUGCAAAUAUUGGGGUUGAGCAGGUUAUCAACUAUAAAGUAGAUCCUCUAGAUGAAGCCACAAGCUGAGAGUCGAACAAAGCAUACAAGAUUUUAUGACGAUAUGUCACUCGAACGGUUAGCUCAGUUCGUUAGAGCACUGGCACGGAACGCUAGAGGUCGUGGGUUCGUGUCUAGCAUCGUUCAUAAAAAAAUUUUUUUCAAAUUUUAUUUAGUUGAUGAUUACCUAUUUUGAGCAAUGCAACGCACACUAACACAGAGACAAAUCGCUUGUGUAAGACGUAGCUUGUCAGGCACACUAAAGUAAUUAAAACUUAGCCUGUGUUCAUCGGUUGUCUAACUAUCUCGACGUAUAAAUUAUCUACGGUAAUAAAUUUCGGAUUUACUACACACGUGUUUACUACACGUACUGGGUGGUAAAAUAUAAAAAGCACUGCAAACUUAUUUUCAAUAUACGUUAUUGACUGUGUGUAUAUAUCACUAUAUUUUUAUCAUAUCAACUAUGUAUCGCUAUAUGUAGUGAUUAUCAUAAGACUGUUAAUGUAUAGUUGUAUUUUAGUUUUAGUUUAGCUUUGUUAAUAUAUUUUUGAUUUAU